AUGCAUGCAUGGCAGGAGGUGCCGGAUCGGUCCCAGCAGCUGCAGGACAUGAUCGAUGAGAUCGGCGACGUGGACAUGGAGCCGAAGGUUUCUCGCCCGGCCCGGGCCCUGCCUACACCAGCUCGCGCGGUCCUUCUCUGGAUCUGCUGCAUUCACGGAGACACCCCCAUCGGCGGCACCCUCCUUGGACUACGCUGGUUCGGUCAGUGGCUGCGAAAGCCGCACAAGUACCUGCAAGGUAGAAGCCCACGCAGUCAAGCUGCGACCUACAAGCUCGCCUUCCCCAACGGCAACGCCGUCUUCUACGAGCGGUGCUUCGGCGAGAGGUGA